AUGAGAAUCAGAAGAGCACAGAACAACAUAAAUGAAAUGGAAAAUGAAGAAGGAAAUUUAGUAACUGAUCAACAACAAAUUGCAGAUGCGUUAGUCAAACAUUUUCAGAAGAAAUUUGAAGAAACAACGGUAAAAUUUGAUGAAGAUCUGUUUGCAGCAAUACCAAAAAUUUUAAAUGAGGAAGACAAUUUAAUUCUUGAUGCUAUUCCCUCUUCAAUUGAGACCAAAAAAGCAAUCUUAGAGAUGAAUGAUAGUGCUCCAGGGCCUGAUAGUUUUCCAGGGAGUUUCUACAAAUUUGCUUGGGAAACAAUUGGGACAGAAUUGGUGGAAGCUAUCCUAUACUGCUGGAGGAAUAAUUUCAUCCCCAAAGGUUUCAACUCUAAAUUUUUGUUUCUACUUCCAAAAAUACAAGGAGCAAAAAAAGCAGAGCAUUUCAGACCUAUUGGACUUGCCAAUUUCAAUUUCAAAGUCAUAAAAAGAAUUAUUACAACAAGAGUUAGUACUAUGAUUGAUGAAAUGGUCUCAGUUCAACAAAGUGCUUUCAUCAAAGGGAGGAACAUACAAGAGAAGAUUGUUUUAGCUUCUGAACUUGUUGAUGAGUUGGAUAUCAAAAGGAGAGGAGGCAAUGUAGGUCUUAAAAUUGACAUCGCUCAAACUUUUGACUCCAUAAGUUGGAAUUUCUUGUUUGAAUUGGAAGAGGGCUCAGGUGACCCACUUUCACCUAUACUGUUUGUACUUGCUGAGGAAGUUUUAAGUAGAAACAUCUCAAAGUUGGUUCAAACAGGCAAGCUUCAAGCAAUGGUAAAUAGAGGUGGUUUCCAGCCAACCCAUCUAAUGUUUGCAGAUGACAUAUUCAUAUUUUGUAAUGGGCACAAGAAGAAUUUACAAAAUUUGAUGGACUGGGUAAAUAUCAAAAAGCAUCAGGAUAAAUAUUUAGGAGUCAUCCUUAAUCCUGGUAGAGUUAAAACAUAUCAAGUAUGGGGUAUGGUGAAAAUGAUGCAAAAAAUGCUAGCGGGAUGGAUGGGGAAAUUGUUAGCCUUCUCUGUCAGAUUGACAUUGGUUAAAUUUGUGCAAAGUAGCAUGCCCAUAUACAGUAUGUCAGUUUACAAAUGGCCCAAAUCUGUGAUACUAAUUGUUGAAAGAAUCAUCAGAAAUUUUUUGUGGUCUGGUGAUCCUGAUGUAGAGAAGUUAGUAACUGUUAAAUGGGGUCAAUUAAAUGCACCUAUAGAAGAGGGGGAGAUUGGGUUUAAGAAGACUAGAAAUGAUGAACAAAGCAAUGCUAAUGAACCUUCUAUGGAAAAUUGA